UCGAAAGGAACUGUCCCUUUAUAAUUCCACUGUAAUAAAACCUAAUAUUAAAUUUUAAACAGUGCAGUAACAACAGUAGCAGUGUAAAUGUAUCUUAAAAUUAUUAUAUUCAUUGCGUUUAUAAAAUUUAUCAGAAAUGGUGAUUGUCAAAUUCAUGAAUUUCCUUCUUAUUUCGAGUUUGGAAUUUCGACAAGCGCAUAUCAAAUCGAAGGUGCUUGGAACGAAGACGGAAAGGGUGAGAAUAUUUGGGACCGAUUUACGCAUGAGUAUCCAAAUAGAAUAGCAGAUAGAAGCACAGGCGAUAUUGCUUGUGACUCAUACCGCCAGUGGGAAAAUGAUAUAAAUCUAGUAAAAGAUUUAGGUGUGACGUAUUAUAGAUUUUCCAUAUCCUGGUCUCGACUCCUUCCGACUGGUUUCAGUAACAAAAUAAAUCCAGCAGGAGUUCGAUACUACAACAAUAUAAUCGACAAAUUACUCCAGAACGACAUCGAGCCCAUGGUAACACUUUACCAUUGGGACUUGCCACAACCUUUACAGGACUUGGGAGGACUGACAAAUCCUGUGAUAGCGAAAUAUUUCCGUGAUUACGCCAUUGUUGUCUAUACUUUAUUUGGAGACAGGGUUAAAAAAUGGAUAACGUUCAACGAACCGUGGUCGAUAUGCUUAUCAACAUAUGAAAAUGGGAACCACGCUCCUGGAAUUGCCAUGCCUGGAAUUGGAUGCUACCUAUGCUCAAAAGUAUUAUUAUUAGCUCAUGCCAAAGCGUACCAUGCAUAUGACAAAAGGUUUAGGAAAACACAAAACGGAAUUGUUGGGAUAACUAUAAGUACCUUCUGGUAUGAAUCCAAAACAUUAUCAGAAAAGGAUGCUGUAGCAACUGAACGAGCUCUACAGAUGAAUUUUGGAUGGUGCAUGAACCCAAUAUUUUCAAACAAAGGGGAUUUCCCCAAAGUAAUGAAAGACAGAAUAGAAUUUGUCAGUAAAUCUCAAAACUUCAGCGAGUCCAGAUUACCCACUUUAACACCUUCAGAAAUUAAAUACAUUCAAGGAACCUAUGACUUUCUCGGGUUAAACCAUUACACUACGAGAUUUAUCGAAGAAGGUAAUUUAACUCCUUCUCAAGUACCAUCGUUUGAUGACGAUGUUGGAGUUAAAAUGGAAGUCGACCCAAAAUGGGAAAAAUCAGCUGCUCAUUGGCUAUUCGUGGUUCCCUGGGGAUUCAGAAGACUCCUCAAUUGGAUACGGGUGAAAUACAACAACCCCCUAGUUUUUGUCACUGAAAAUGGUUAUCCUGAUAAAGGAGAAUUGAAUGAUGAAGCUAGAAUACGUUAUCAUAAUCAAUAUCUUACGGAAUUGUUGAAUUCAAUUAAUGAUGGAUGUAAUGUUCAACGUUACACAUUAUGGAGUUUAACUGAUAAUAUGGAAUGGUCUUCCGGUUACACGUUGAAAUUUGGUCUGUACUAUGUCGAUUUCAACAACUCAAGCAGGCCACGAUUACCAAAAUCAUCUGCCAGUUACUACAAAGGUGUAAUCAACAACAGAAGCCUGCCAAAUUUUACUAAUUGUUAGGGAAGGUUUUAUGUGUGAAAAUAUACUUAAACUUAAGUACCUAACUUAAUUGUUUUUUAGUAUUGCACUCCAAUUCUUGAUUAAUAGUUUCAAUUAAUAGUACGUAGUAUUACACUGUCAUAAAAAUAAACUGUAUUUCUAAUGAAUAAAAUCAAAUGGAAAAUCACACUUAAAUAUUAGA